GGAGCGGUCACGUGACCAUAGCGGCUGCCUGUACAGUAAGGACCCAAUAUGGCAGCGGCGGUAGCAGUGGCAACGGCAGCAGCAGGACCGGCCGCCCCAUAGACCCCCGCCCCCCCGCGCACCACCCCGCCGUUUCCUCUGCUUGGGUGCUCCUCCGGCCUGACUUCCCCUUUCUCCCACCUUUCCCGGCACCGCGGGAAAAGCAUCGCAGGGCAGAGCAGGCAGGGAGGGCGGCCGGAGCCCGGACACGGGAGCCUCCCAGUCAGUUCAAGACCCGACAUGAGGGAAAAGGGCCGUAGGAAGAAGGGCAGGACCUGGGCGGAGGCCGCCAAGACGGUCUUAGAAAAAUACCCCAAUACACCCAUGAGUCAUAAAGAAAUUCUUCAAGUUAUCCAGAGAGAAGGACUAAAAGAAAUCAGAAGUGGGACUUCCCCUCUUGCAUGCCUGAAUGCAAUGCUGCAUACAAACUCCCGAGGUGAAGAGGGCAUCUUCUAUAAGGUUCCAGGUAGAAUGGGAGUAUAUACUUUGAAGAAAGAUGUGCCGGAUGGGGUGAAAGAGCUAUCAGAAGGUUCAGAAGAAAGCAGUGAUGGUCAGUCAGAUUCCCAGAGUUCUGAGAACAGCAGCAGCAGCAGUGAUGGUGGCAGCAACAAGGAGGGAAAAAAGAGCAGGUGGAAAAGGAAAGUAUCGUCUAGACUGUCACAGCCAUCUUCUCCCCAGUCAGGCUGCCCAUCACCUACCAUUCCAGCAGGUAAAGUCAUUUCUCCAUCACAGAAGCACAGCAAGAAGGCACUAAAGCAGGCUCUCAAACAGCAACAGCAGAAGAAGCAGCAGCAACAGCAAUGCAGGCCAAGCAUGUCCAUCUCCUCCAACCAGCCUCUCUCUCUGAAGACGGUCAAAGCAACCAGUGACUCUGUACCUGCCAAACCUGCAGUAUGGGAAGGAAAGCCAUCUGAUGGGCAGUCAGGCAGCCCACAAAACUCGAACUCUAGCUAUUCUUGUUCAGUUCAAGUGGAAAAUCCCUUGCUAGGCUUGGGGAAGAAGUCAUUCCAGAGGUCUGACAGGCUUCACACAAGGCAAAUGAAAAGGACUAAAUGUGCUGAAAUUGAUGUUGAGACACCAGACUCCAUUCUGGUGAAUACAAAUCUACGAGCACUGAUCAACAAGCACACCUUUUCAGUCCUUCCUGGAGAUUGCCAACAGCGACUGCUUUUACUGCUUCCAGAGGUGGAUCGACAGGUUGGUCCAGAUGGUCUGAUGAAGUUAAAUGGCUCAGCCCUUAACAAUGAGUUCUUCACUUCAGCAGCCCAAGGCUGGAAGGAAAGACUCUCAGAAGGUGAGUUUACACCUGAGAUGCAGGUGAGAAUUCGACAAGAGAUUGAGAAGGAGAAAAAAGUAGAGCCAUGGAAAGAACAAUUCUUUGAAAGCUACUAUGGUCAGAGUUCUGGCCUGAGCCUUGAGGAUUCAAAGAAAUUGACAGCCUCACCCAGUGAUCUCAAAGUAAAGAAAACCCCAGCUGAGCAACCAAAAUCCAUGCUUCCUUCAGAGGCCUCACCUGUCAGUAUAGUCCCAGUAAUUCCCCAGUUAGGGUCUAAAGAAGAAGUGGUGCAAAUGCCGUCCCCAGUAAGAAUAGAAGAGCAUGAAAGCCAAGAUAUGGUGCAGCCAAACCCCAAAUCCACAGAGCCCCUACUUCCCUCAGCAAGCAAUACACAGGAGCUUAGCAUUCUUCCCAUCAAGUGCCCAAAGGAUGACGCUCUCUUGGAGCAGAAGCCAGUUGCCUCCGCCGAACAGGAGUCUGAGAAAGAGAAUCAUCUCACUACAGUUUCUAAUUAUAACAAAGAUGAAGGCCAAGAAGCUUUAGUGACGUCCCCAAACAAACCCAAGAGUCCUGGGGUGGAAGAGCCAGUAAUGAAGCCCAUAGCAGAAAUGGGUCCACAGGAGACCACUGCGAAAGAACCUCCAUCAGCUGUGGUUGAUCACAGCCCAGAAAGCCUCAAAAGGAAAUCUUGUCUCAUCCAAGAAGAGUCCCCCGUCAGCUGGGAGAAAAGGCCACGUGUCACGGAGAAUCGCCAGCACCAGCAGCCAUUUCAAGUCUCGCCACAGCCCUUUCUCAGUAGAGGGGACAGGAUCCAGGUGCGAAAAGUACCACCUCUCAAGAUCCCGGUCUCCAGAAUCUCCCCCAUGCCUUUUCCUACAUCGCAGGUCUCUCCCAGGGCUCGUUUUCCAGUCUCCAUCACUAGUCCUAACAGAACAGGAGCCAGAACUCUUGCAGACAUCAAAGCAAAAGCCCAGCUGGUCAAAGCACAGAGGGCAGCCGCCGCCGCCGCCGCUGCCGCCGCCGCCGCCGCCGCCUCAGUUGGAGGGACCAUUCCAGGACCUGGCCCCGGGGGUGGACAAGGUCCAGGAGAGGGUGGUGACAGGAAAACGGCUCGAGGAGGGAGUCCAGACUCAGACAGAGGCAGCGAACCUGGAAAGGGCCCCACACUGGAAUUGGCAGGAACUGGAAGCAGGGGAGGUACGAGAGAGCUUUUACCCUGUGGUCCAGAGACUCAGCCCCAGUCUGAGACCAAGACCCCAGACCAGGCACAGCCUCGUAGUGUCCCUGGAGCACAACUACAGCAAACCCCCUCAGUGCCUCCCACAUCUGCCAGCGGCGGAGCACGCACAAGCGUCCCAUCACCAGCCCACACUAACGCACCCCCACCAGCUAUAGGGAAGCUGACUAACGAACAACUGAAUCCCUCCAGGGCAGCAGCCGCAGUGGCCUCUCUCACCUACGCACAAGGUCCCGGGACCUGCAGACAGGAGAAAGCGCCUUCUACUCCGACGGAUGCUGCUCUCAUCUCAGGCGCCUCACCUGUCCGUUUUGCAGCUAAUGGCGCAGUUGAACCCAGAGCAGGUUCUAGUAAGAAUAUGCCAGACCCUUCAGCCUCAGCAGAGACAACUGCUACUACGGCGGCUCUGACUCCCUCUCCUUUAACAUCUUUAUUGACAACAGCCACUUUAGAAAAGCUUCCUGUGCCCCAGGUCAGUGUAACGGUAGCACCUACGGGAUCAGCUCCAUCUUCGAGCACUUUGCCAGUAGCUUCUAGCCUUAAAACUCCAGGAACGUCUUCAAAUUUGAAUGGACCCAUGUCAAGGCCAAGCUCUAGUAUCCCUGCGAAUAAUCCUUUGGUCACUCAGCUGCUUCAGGGCAAAGAUGUUCCCAUGGAGCAAAUUCUGCCUAAACCUCUCACCAAAGUUGAAAUGAAAACUGUUCCACUGACUGCGAAAGAGGAGCUGGGGGUAGGAGUGCUCACAGGCACCGGCGCCACAGAGAACAGCAGCAGAGAGGAAGUCAGUGAGAGGCAGUCCCACCCAGCUCUGCAGCAGCUGGGUAAAGCCUUGCAAAGUAAGCAGCUCCCACAGGUUCCAAGACCCCUUCAGCUCUUUUCAGGUAAGGAACUGAGGGACUCUAGCAUGGACACACACCAGUACCAGGAAGGACUAAGUAAAGCCACCCAAGAUCAGAUCCUUCAGACUCUCAUCCAGAGGGUUCGGAGGCAGAACGUUCUCCCAUUUGUGCAGCCCUCCCAGUUCAACUUCACUCACUCAGGUUUCCAGCUAGAAGACAUCUCCACAAGCCAGCGGUUCAUGCUGGGUUUUGCUGGCAGAAGGACAUCGAAGCCUGCAAUGGCAGGUCACUACUUACUUAACAUUUCCACCUAUGGCCGGGGUUCAGAGAGCUUUAGGAGGACCCAUUCUAUAAACCCUGAAGACCGUUUGUGUCUAAGUAGCCCCACAGAGGACUUGAAAAUGGGAUAUACAGACUGUAAAAAUGCAACAGGAGAUAGUAGCAGCGGCAAAGAAGAAGAUACCGAUGAGGAGAGCACUGGUGAUGAGCAAGAAUCCGUCAUGGUGAAGGAAGAGCCCCAGGCUGCCCAGGGUCCUGGCAAAUGUGAAGCAAGUUCAGGACCCCACAGUAGAGAAACCCUAUCCACCAAUGAUUGUUUAACAAAAAAGAAUGUGAAGGCGGAAACACCAGUGUACGAGCAAACCGCUUUAAGCAAGGAGAAUUACCUGUUCCCGAGAGGCCAGACAUUGGAUGAGAAGACCCUAGCCAGAGAUUUUAUUCAGGCCGCACAGAAACAAGUGGCUCAUGCAGUGAGAGGCAAGGCGAUGCGUAGCAGCCCUGAGCUUUUCAAUUCUACUGCUCUUCCUCUGACUGCAGACAGUCCCACCCAUCAGCCUCUUCUCCUGCCACCACUGCAAACCCCGAAGCUGUAUGGAAGCCCCACCCAGAUCGGGCCAAGCUACCGGGGCAUGAUCAAUGUCUCCACCUCGUCCGACAUGGACCAUAACUCUGCUGUCCCUGGGAUGCCUGACUGUAGCCAGGUGGCUAGCAAUGUAGGCGAUGUCAUGUCCUUUUCGGUGACUGUCACUACUAUCCCUGCUAGCCAAGCGAUGAAUCCCAGCAGCCAUGGCCAGACCAUUCCUGUUCAGGCCUUCCCUGAAGAGAACAGCAUAGAGGACACACCUUCGAAAUGUUACUGCCGAUUGAAAGCCAUGAUCAUGUGCAAGGGGUGUGGAGCAUUCUGCCACGAUGAUUGCAUUGGCCCCUCGAAACUUUGUGUCUCCUGCCUUGUCGUUCGGUAACGAGAAUAGAAAGAACAUGCUGUAAAGGAGGCAGGGAGGGAAGGGUUGAUGAGAUGUGUUUUUUGCAUCCUUUUGGAAUCACAGAAAUAUUUAAUAAGUAGGUUUCAGUUGUCUUAAGAGACAAAUGUUACUUAAUCAGGAAUACAGAGUACAGAUCUUACAUUUUAGAGGAAGAGCACCUUGUAUAGUAAGUCUAGGUCAAGCAAGACUUUGUGAAUUUGUGACAAGUUUGCACUUACAAAAUCAUGUAAAUAUGUCACAUUUUGUUUUAACAUUGUUUUCCCAAGUGUUUAGGUAAUGAUGUAUUUGAAUUCAGAUUUAUGUUCCACUUCUCGUGACUCUGAGGAAAGUUUAAUGCCAUGCAUGGUUAAAGGAAGCUGUCUCUCUUCUCCUUUCCUAAGAGGCCAGGAAAAGGAAGGAAUGAAGGAAUGGUCUGGAGAAAUGACCAUUCAAGCUGAUUAUGUCAUGACGGUCUGACUGCAGGCUUUACAUAGAUUAGUCAUCCUUGCAGGAUUUGGAUUCAGGGUUUACUCAGUCCCUUUACCUUAGACAGAACCUUCUUAUAUUCAAAUUUUUGAUACCAUAUUCAUUUCACAGGUAGUAAUUCAGACUCUGAAAGCUCUUGAGCUGGUUCUUGGCUUCCACAAACCAGUACUGUUGCCAAGCUCUCUGCUUGCGAUUUGUGGCCCCCUGCCGUCAAGUCCCCCUACCCUGUCCUGAGACCGUGAAUGUGGCCCAUGAAGGGUGUGCCGCCCUGGGCCCCUGCCGUUAGCGGAGCCUGUGGGGGGCAGCAGUUCUGGCAGUAACAUCGGAGUACUUCGUCAGUCAUGGGAGCUUACAAAAGGUGUGAAAUGCUCGUAGAGCAGUAACAAAAAAUGUUAUGAUGGGGCGAUUUGAAUUAUGUGUUUUGUUGGGCAAGGGAGUAAAAAAGUGCAGAAACUGUUAAACCUAACAUAAAGAACUUUGGAAAACGAUUUUAACACUAGAAACAAGGUAGCCUCUCUUUUCCUCUUCUUGCCCAACCCUGUUCCCUAAUGUUUGUUCUGUAGUCCGCUGUUGUGCAGGAGGGAAAGCUCCUUGUUGCCACACUUGCCCGUUCUGCUAAGCCUGUUUUGACCUCCCAGGCAUCUGAGGAGUAUGGAGUAAUCUUUUUAGAUAUCACUUUGAACACAACAUGUGCGCGCGCGCACACACACGCACACGCACACACACACACACACAGUAAAAGUUAGACACUUCUCCUGUUUCAGAAAAUAUGUCCUCUGUUUUGGAUUACUGCUGUCUAUGCACUAGAAAUCUCUAAUAUAAAGAGGUUUCAGUAAAUGACUAAGGGAAUAUCUAGAAAGGAAGAGAAAUCAGCUCCAAAGUUUUAUUGCUUGUUUUUGUUGAUUCUUUCCUUUGUUAUUGUUUUUUAAAUCUUGUCGCUAGUGACUGAAGAGUUUAUGAGUACUUAUAUUUCGGUCAUGGUUAAAGAACAUUAAAAUAAAUCUACAGUUUACCAGAAUUUGGUAUUAAAGAAUCGGGUAUUGUCGAUGUGCAUCAUUUGCAUAUUGAUUUUAAGUUUCCUGAUUUCAAGUGUGUAAAGUAAAAAUAUUACUGCAACCUAGUACACUUGUAAUUGUACUUAGUAUUCAGGAUGUGAUAUUUACCAUAUGCAGAACAGUAUAAACUUAUUAAGUCACAUUCCAGAUUAGGAGAAAGUAGACAGUAAUACUCUUUGCUAUUCCCCAUUCUGUUACCCUUUCUUCCCCUGCAUUAUACAUGCUUUUAAUACUUUUGAACCCCAUAAGAAACUUACUACUUCACUGUUCCCAGUUUUUGCCUCUGUUAUUUUUUGUGGCUCAAGGUGAAUUUAGGAUUAGUAUCUGUGUUCUAGUUCAGCCAGUGCAAUAGGAUGUCCUACCUUUCCUUUUUCUUCCAGCACAUACAUACCUUAAAAAUACAAAGGCUACAAGGAUCCAGGGAUAAGGAGUAAGUUCUCUAGCCAAGAUCCAGUAAGAAACAAACAUGGUUCGAUUGCACAAAUUUUCAGUACUCUGGGGUGAUCCAAGGGCAGGGGCUAAAAGGACCUGUUGCUGGUUAAAACCCUCCAUGCUCAGCUUCUUCACUCGUCACGUCAGUGCCAGAACUGAGGGCUGGUCUGUGUGCUGGAAGUGCCUGAGUAUUUCAGAACAGACCCCAUGCUAAACAUUGAUUACCAAUUUGGAUUGAUCAAAGUGAACUUUCUUCUUUGCACCUUUCUUGUCGUAGAAAGUCAGUCCUCUGUGGUUCCUAUGAUCUGAGGUUGGACAGACUAACCAGGAGAGGAGGGGAGGGAACAGGGAUUUUCAGUCCAUUGGGAGAGCAAUCCGUUAUCGUGCCUCUUCUUCUUGACCAGGCUCUUGCAGAUAGGUCCUAAGCAUUCUUAUUCCCCAGCUUCUCUUAACAAAUAAUACUCAGCUAAUAAAAUAUCUGCAUGUAUGAAUGUCCCUAAAACAGGAUUUGUCAACUGGGUACACUUCCUCAGUCUCGACAAAAUGAGAGAAUAGGUUGUCUCGGAUUGAUAGUCAACUGAAUACAGUCCGUUUGUCAAGUUUGUUUCACAACAGUGGUUUCAGGUAGAAAGUCAUUUAAGAGCCUAACUGACAGACAACAGCAACAAUCCAAACAUGUUACAAGCUGGCCCUUUUGAAAAUGAAACAGUAGGAACAAGAAAAAUCUUUAUAUUAUUGAGAGCAUGGUACUCCAGUACCUUUAAAGCAGUUUUUAUCUUAGGUUUUCGGAGUUGCUUUACCUUUCAGUUCAAUCUGAAAGGUUGCUAAUAAAUGCUAAGCCUUUUUUUUUUUUUUAAUGGUAUUUAGUUGCACUAUUUCCAGUGACUAGUCAGGUAUUAUGCCUGAUGCUCAUGCCUCCAGGGUAUGCUUCUCAAGCCUUGAGAUACCUUCCAUUGUAGGUCGCCUUGGGGAGAUAGCAUUAACAAUAAAUUCAUCAUCUCAGUCUUAAUGACUGUUCUGAGUUGUCUAGUAGAGAAAGCUCCCUGAAUCUUAAAAAAAAUUCAGUAAAAAUUCUCCAUCCUAUUAAGCAACCUGGGGUUUUCGCCCUACUAUUCCUUAACCCCUGUGCUCAAGAUACUGAAACUAUCUGUGGUAUCCCAUGUAACAUUUCUAAGAAUAAGAUCUGGCAAGUGGGACAUUUUUCUUGAAGAAGAGGAAGCAUACUUGCGUGGGCUGGGAAGACACCCAGAUGUAGGUGUUUUAGGAAUUAUCUCAGAUUUAAAUAGCCAAAGGAAGACUUCAUUGCCUUCCCAGUGAAGGUGUAAAUUCAUACAUACUGAUAACUUGACAGUUACCAUCCUAAUUGCUUAUUAUUGCCUUUCUCCACCUUAGAGCCCUUAAAGAACUCUUGGGUGAAAUGAUUUCUUAUAAUGGAGGGGGUCUUCUCCAGUCAUCACACCACUGUUUAUUUCCAGAACUCACUGUCAGUGAGCAGUGCCAGGGUUUUCUCUGUGACCUAGAGGUUUCACUUCAUAGCAAGGAGGGAAAAGUCCCCGUUGCAUUAUAACAACGUGCUAAGUAAAAAAACUUGGCCAACGGUAGUUUUCAGCUCAGUUUAUAGAAUAGUCCAAAGAGACUCAGAAACAUGAUGAUAGGCAGGGAUCUUUCCUACCAUGUUUCAAUACCUACGUACCUAUUGAACGGUAACAAUAGGUAAAACAUUUCCUAAAGUUGAAGUAAGAGCUUCAUAGAUUCUUGGUUACUUUAUUUUUUUUAAUGCUUUACAUUUGAUACAACUAUUAAAGAUCGAUUUUAAAAAUAGCUUUCCAGUAAUAUAUUUUAAGUAAUAUAUAUUUUAAUAUCUAUGUAAAAAGUGACAGUGGAAGACUUUGAAUUUCUCAUAUAUGGUAUGUUUAAUGUAGGACCUCACUGUUAAGGCACAAAUUAUUACAAAGGAAGUUACUCUAAAGACACUCAGAUUAUUUCCGAAAAAUGCAAUAAGGGGAAUAGUUUUGGAGUUUAUUUUUUAUUUUAAAAGAAGAUUGACUUAUUUACCACAAGCUAUUUUUUUUCCUUCUGGCUUAUAAGGUUUGUACAGACUGGUUUGGUAAAUGCAAACUUUUGUGUCUUUUGCCUUUUUAAAGGAAUUGUUAACAUUGGAAUUGAGGGUAUGUACAGAGAAGUUGGUGUCAACACCAUUUAAAAAGUCAUAUUUUUUCACAAAUAUAGAAAAAUCAUUUUACAUAAGAAUUUUAAGUAUUUGCAAUAAAUAUAUGUAUAUAGA